AUGUACAGCCAAUUCUCUACCUUAUAUCGGCUCUGGCACGAGAGUCGAUGGCGGAGUCUACGCCAGUACAAGACAGAGGCCUUUGUCCAUGCGGACCUAGACUCCGUCGCUCGCACGCGGCACCCUCGUGGAUGCUCUGGACGCCCUGUAGACUGCCUAUAUACGGGGUGGGCCCGCCAUGACCAGGACAGCGUCCUCGACAACUUGGUCGACCAGUUCGGGGCCCGCGCUACUGAGUGGCACGACCAGUACGGUCAGUGGAAGCGAGACAAUAGGGACAUAGAAACCAUGGUGUGUAACAAGGCGCACUUGAAGCGCUUCAAGUUGGGAAUUGACGUCCCGGCCAACGUCCCGAGCCGCAAACAACCCGGCGGUGGCGCCCGCCAACUACAACCUGAAGCCGUACCGGGGACGGGAAGCAUGGAUGCCAAGGAGCAUGGGAAGAAAGCCCCGGAACAGUGGAUGGCAGAGUUGUGGGACUCAGUGGAGCAUGACUAUGGCAGCCGGGAGCAGGAUGACGGAAACGCGCUGGACCUUGCAUGCGCCGGACGGAGAAAAGAUCUCGCGAGCAUUGAAGGAAAUGAGAAUUGGGAUUGGAAUUCUUAG